AUGCAUAGCAAACUUGUCAUCAUCGGCUCCGGGCCAGCAGGCCAUACAGCUGCCAUCUAUGCCUCCCGCGCCGACCUUAAGCCAGUGAUGUAUGAAGGCUUUCUGGCUCUGGGCAUAGCGGCUGGUGGUCAGCUCACGACUACGGAUGAGGUGGAGAAUUACCCUGGCUACAAGAUGAUUAGGGGUAGCGAGCUCAUGGACGAAAUGAGGGCGCAGAGUGAGGGAUGCGGGACCGAGAUUAUCAGUCAGACAGUCGGCAAAGUAGACCUGAGCAAGAGGCCUUUCAAGUACUGGUUACAUCCUAUGGGCGACGACGACAAUCUGGAAGAGGAGGUGCACACAGCCGACAGCAUAGUCAUUGCCACUGGCGCCAAAGCGAGGAGGCUUGAUCUGGCUGGAGAGGAGAAGUACUGGGGCAAUGGUGUCUCUGCAUGCGCUGUGUGUGAUGGCUCUCUACCCAUAUUCCGCGAGAAGCCUCUAGUGGUCAUCGGAGGUGGUGACAGUGCCGUGGAGGAGGGUGUAUAUUUGACGAAGAAGGCUUCCAAGGUCACAGUGCUCGUACGAAAAGAUCAGCUUCGAGCAAGCAAAGCCAAUGCACGACGAUUGGCCAGCAAUCCCAAGGUCGAGAUCAGGUACAAUACUCAAGGUGUGCUGAUAAAAGGCGACGAAGGCCCUCGAGGCCUGAUGAAGAGUCUGGUGAUCAAGAACAGCAAGACUGGCGAGACCGAGGAAAUUCCAGCGAAUGGACUAUUUUACGCAGUUGGUCACGAGCCAGCGACAGCGCUCUUCAAGGGUCAAUUGAAGAUGGACGAGGAUGGGUAUAUCAUCACCACACCUGGCACUACGGAAACCACCGUCCCUGGCGUCUUUGCAGCAGGUGAUGUCCAGGACAAGAAGUACAGGCAGGCUGUGACUUCUGCAGGGUCAGGCUGCAUGGCCGCGUUGGAAGCUGAGAAGUGGCUAGCCGAGCAGGAGGAUAUUGAUGUGCCGAACGGCGUCAAUGGUGUCAAGGGUAGGGCGGAGAAGGGCAAGGCAGAGACGAAUGGUGAUGUGCCGGAGUAUCGAGAGAACCCUUUGCUGUAA